AAGUAUAUUGUACUAAAACAAUAUGUUACAUUUGUACCAAAGACUAUCAAAUUUCCUCAUAAAUUAUUGACCUAUUAUUUGUGUUUAUAUUGAUAAUGUCAAGGCAAUUAAGGCGCCUCUUCUUGUCGCUGGGAUUGAUUUUGGAACAACCUACUCCGGAUGGUCUACUCGUUUAAACACGAGUUUAAAAACGACCCAACAAAAGUCGCAACAAAACGUUGGUAUGGAGACCAGCUUGUUUCAUUGAAAGCCCCCACAUGUGUUCUGAUCGAACCUGAUGGGAAAACGUUCUCGGCGUUCGGUUUUGACGCUGAAACCAAGUACACCAGUCUAGUUAAAGCGAAUGAACAUGACAAAUGGUACUACUUCAAGCGAUUCAAGAUGAAGUUGUACAAUAAGGCCAUUAAAAGAGACAUGACAAUUGAAGACGAAACUGGAAAGAAGUUGAACGCACAGCUUGUGUUUUCGAUCGCUUUAAGAUUUCUCAAAGACGAUGUUUUAAGGGUAAUUGGUGACCGUAUUGACGGAGCCAUAACCUCCGAGGAAAUCAAUUGGGUGUUGACAGUUCCUGCUAUUUGGGAUGUUGGUGCCAAGCAGUUUAUGAGAGAAGCAGCUGAAAGUGCUGGCAUUUCUUCUGACAAGCUGAUAUUAGCUCUCGAGCCAGAAGCCGCAGCCAUUUACUGUCGACAUAUACCGUCGAAAAAAGCUGGAGAAGAGGACUCACUGUCUACAUUCAAAACAGGAAGCAAAUUCCUUCUUGUUGAUGCAGGAGGCGGCACGGUUGAUAUUGCUGUACAAGAGGUUGCAGAUAACGGUUCUAUGAAGAACAUCUACAAAGCCAGUGGUGGAGAUUGGGGAGGGACGAAGGUGAACGAGGCUUAUGUGAAGUUUUUAGAAAACAUGUUAGGAGCGGAUUCCAUUGAAGCAUUCAAACAGAGUAACAUGGAAGAUUACAUAUACAUGAUUCGCGACUUUGAAAUGAAAAAGCGAGACCUCGACCCACUGAAAAAUGAUAGACCAGUGGUUUUCAGAAUUUCAGCAAUGUUGCCAAAACUGGUUAAAAAAAGCAGGGGCAAAAAGAUUUAUGACGUCAUAAAGGAUUCCCCGUUUGAAAGUACGGUUUCAAUCCAAGGCGACAAAUUGAAAGUCGAUAUGAGUAUAGUUAGCAACUUUUUCAAGACGCAUGUUGACGCUAUAGUUGAACACGUCUCCAACCUCAUUGACCAGUCGACCAUAGGUGACAUUGCAGCAAUUGUUCUAGUCGGAGGAUUUAGUAAUUGCCCUUUACUCCAGCACGCCAUGAAGACAACGUUUGAAAACCAUAAAAUCAUUGUCCCAAUUGAUCCAGACCUUGCAGUGUUGAAAGGAGCCGUGAUAUUUGGACACAAACCAGAGCUGAUUUCCCAGCGAGUGAGCAAAUACACGUAUGGUGUAAGCAUGAGGGUGGAUUUCAUUGAACAUGUGCACAGAGAAUCAUAUAAAGUGAUAAACGAGAAAGGGAAAUUUCGCUGUGCCCAUGUCUUUGAUAAACAUAUCACAGCGGGGCAGUACCUCAUUGUUGGAGAAGCACAAGUGGAAAAGAAGUACGUUGCAUCAACAUCAAGUCAAAUACAUCAAUAUUUUUAUGUUUAUUACACCCUUGAUCCAGAUCCGAUGUACGUUACCGACGAAGAUAUUGCCACAUUGCCGGCGUACUAAUAGUUCCACUAGAUGGAAGAGGGCUAGCACGAUCGGUCAUGGUGAGGAUGAUUUACGGAGGGACAGAGAUAGAGGUCGAGGCCACUGAGAUCGCUACAGGAAGAGUGCAUCGCCUGAAAAUUGACUUUUUGAGCUAAACGUUCUGAAACAUAAAGAACGUAUCUUAAACAUAUCUUCAACUAUGAUAUAAACUAAAAAAACCACAUAUUUGUUUAAACUUCUUUCAAACUGUCUUAAAAAGUAUAAAAACAGAUCUUGGACCAGUUUAUCAAUGUAAAACAGUUGUAAUAAACACAUGCAUAACUAUAUGGAAAAUGAAAAUGACAAGGAUGUAUGCAGCAGCUUAUAAAUUAAAGUUUUAGAACAUGUGAUAUUGGCAAAUAGUCGCUAUAUAUCUCUCUUAGAAUACAUGUCAAACUAUUAUAUUUUACUUGCAUAUACAAUUGGAUGUUCAUUGAUUAAAAUCUAAUUUAGUCAAAAUAGUACUGUAAUUCUUUCUUUAUCAUGAGAAGUGACUAUUUAUCAUAGUAGUCUUAGUUUUGUUCAGGGUCGUUUUUUCGUUUCUAUGUUUUCGGAAAUGUUAUGUUUCAAAACA